CCUAAAAUCAUCAGUAAAAAAAAUUCCAAACCCCCAAAAUCAUCAGUAAAAAAAAAAGAACAUUAAGAAUGUCGGACAACAUACCUUUCGAAAUUCAACAGAAAAUCAUGAAAAAACUUCCGGUGAAAUCAUUACUCCAAUUCCGAACAGUUUCCAAGAAAUGGAAAUCUUUCAUCGAUAGCGCCGAAUUUAUUCAUGGAUACAACAACAAACAACAACAGCAGCAUCAUAUACUUGUAAGGUACGAUGAUCCACAACUUUCUGAAGAACAAUUUGUUUCCAUUAUUGAUAAUCAUACUUUUCCUCAAUGCAAAAUAUCCCCUACUGUUCCCGUACCCGUUAAACUACUUCAAUCGACAGUUAUUCUCGGUAGCUCUCAAGGCCUUUUUUGUUUGUAUAAUUUUUAUGUUGAUUCUGCUACAAAAAUUGCUGUUAUUUGGAACCCCGCUAUUAGAAAAUCUGUUGCUAUUGAGGUUCCUAAUGUGUUGGGUUCACCGUAUGAAACUGUUGUCGGUUUUGGAGUCUGUCCUUAUACUAAUGAUCCUAAGCUUGUUAAGUUCACAUUUGUUCGUGGUUCGUUGGAUUUGGUAUUUGACUACGCUUGGGAAGCUGAGUUUUUUUCCGUUAAGUUCAGGGGAAUGGCGGAGUCUGUUUAUUAAUCUACCUCGUAUAUCAG